GGCAGUACAGAGACGUCGUUGAUCACAGCAGUAACUACCUAAGGCAGUCAUUAUAUAUAGUCUUCCGGCGCCAUGAAGGUUCUUUAUUUCCCUGUUGCCGUUGCUGUUGCCAUACUACUCUGCCAGGCGAUUGCUGUUACAGGGUGUGUGAACAACGUCGCCUGUGCACAGUACAACGGUACCUGUCAACUGAAGACUGCCGUAUGCAAUGGCACUGAAUGGAACACAGGCUGCAGCGGCAGGGACUGCACCUGUUGCAUCCCAUCUCCGGAGAACGAGAGUGUGUGUAUCCGCAAGCCGUGGUGCCAGAGUCUCGGGGGCACCUGCGGCGCCUAUACCGCCGCCACCUGCGCCGGCGCCUUGGACCCUAAAGGUUGCCACGGUACUUGUGCCUGCUGUGUCCCCAGAGUAAUAGCAAACUCCGGUUGCAAGGACAAAGGUCAGUGCAAUUCCUUGUAUGGAGGUUACUGCUUCACGAAGAACGUUCACCCCUGCAAAGGCUUCCAGUGGAACGGUGGCUGCAGCGGUACCAACUGUGCCUGCUGUGUCUUGGACACGACAAAGUGCGUUAUCAAGAAGAGGUGUUCGGACAACGGAGGCACCUGUGUGGCGCCGGGCCUUUGUAACAAGCCCAACAGUAACCCCAAUUGGUGUGUUGGAUUGAACUGCACAUGUUGCUAUUAAGCAGCAGGUGUCACGGAAGAGGCGUGGACAGUGCUUGGGGAAUAUGUGAAGCAUGGAAGACGCAGGCCCUGACGCAAACAUGGAUGACGCAAGCCGUGAAGCAGGUUAUUAUCUGUACUUCACAGCUACUCCUUCAGGGGCUGUGAGGCGCUGCACAUAACGAUUGCCCAAGUGUUUCGACGCGUUAAAUAUCCAUCUUUCCCAGCCUGAAGAAACCUUAGGUCUUAGAUUAUUAAAUUGAGUAUCGUGUUGUAUUCUACC